AUGGUGGCUGGACGAGUACUGUAUCGUUCCGAUAACUCCGUUGGCCCUUCUUCCAUCUGUGCUACAAAAAAGAAACAAAUAAUUUGCGUUUUGGACGAUGACUCGUUACCGAGUUCGACGCUGUACGAACCGAGCUAUAGCGGUCUGAUGUGCAGGGUUACCAAGCGUACUGUGGCCACAGCUUUAAUGUACUGCCCCAGCCGGUCCGUUCAGCAUACUCCACCGUUAUUUUUCGUGUUCGAAGUGAUUUUCGACGGUUCAACGGACAUCGGUCAGUACAAAGGUCGACCUAAGGUCAGAUAUAUUGGACUUACGGGCGAUUUGUCACCGCGUCGCGCGAUCAACCUUGACACCCGUUCAGCGCAGUUCGACGACUACCGUCCUGAUCCGAGAAUACCAACGCAGCCGUAUCCUCAGCGCCAGCCAACAUACAACAUUCCCCAGCAGCAAGGACGUGACUCUCGCAUUGUUCCGCAUGUAGUCAUAACUCAGGAUUUGCUGCCGACUAACAAGGCUUCACAGAUAUCGAUUGUGACAAUGAGCGUACCAUCGAGCAAGGUAGUUUACUGCGUCAGUGAAGAACCUGCAUACAAGCUGAUGUUUUCAUGCCCUGACUGUAACGAUACGUAUUUCGAAGACCUCGUCGCCAGGGCGACUACGGACAUGACCGCCAUCACCUCGUACCCGUCGAUAAAAUUAGAGUCGGUGAGGAUCGACGCGGAACAAAAUGGCAAGACAUUGGUAUGCCUUGCGUUUUACAACUCUGCGGGCGAGAUGCGCAACGUCACGGCCGCCGUGAAGAUGAACGUUCAGUACCUGGCGAUUCCAGAGAUCGUGGACGAGAACUUUCGCCCUCCGGUUGUAGCCAGUGGAAACCGCUUCUUCCUCACCAACUCACAGAUGAGGCUGUCCUGUGUUGCUCAUGGCAAUCCUGUACCUUCGUCGUUUUCUUGGUUUCAGAGCGGCGCCAAAAUGGCCGAUGGUCAGACGCUGACCGUCGAUUUGCAUUUCUUCUUCAAGACUGUCGAAUGUCGCGCCAGCAACGGUCUCUAUACUAAAAACUCAGAAGGUGCCGAAAUUGACAUUUGGGAACUGAACAAAAGAAUUCCUCUGUCAUGCAGGGUGCGUGGAAGACCGGCUCCUGUGGUGAGGUGGUACCAGCAGAUCAGUCCAUCGGUCAAUGUAGACGCGAGGUGCACAGAAAAUUCAACUGAGUCGCCGGUCGUCGAAAUGGAUGUGGACAAGAAGCUACAAGUCUUCGUAAGGCCCCCGAUGCUGACCUCGUUCAGCAGCAGCAAAGAACCAGAUGCUCAGCGGGUCGACUUAAUCGCUGAAUAUUGUGCAAAUCCGGCACCUCACGAAGAUGGCAUCUACUGGCAGAUAGACGGCGAAAAAAUCCCGAUCGCUAGUACCUACAAAAACUUCCGUGCCUUAAGACCAGAACAAAACUCAUCUUAUCAAUCGUGCUAUCGCGCAGUGCUGCAAAUCGACCCUUUGACCGAUCAGGACUUGAAGAAAAGGAUCGAGCUGCACAUUCAGAACAUACAGGGCUUGAUCUCGCCUGACGUCAGCCUGGAGAAACUGAUCGGAACAAUGACUGGCGAAAAUGGGGGUUCUUAUCAAGCACAAGUUGGCCUCGCCGUUGGACUGUCUCUUGCCGUUAUUCUUGUACUCGUUGCAUUGUCUGUCGGUUACCUGUACAUGCAGAAAAAAGCUUGCUUCUCCGGUAUGUGA